AUGAUUUUAUCAUCUACAAGUUUAUACUGCCCAUUCAAGGAUUGCUCGGCAGCCCUCCUAGAGGCAGAGGAGGGCUCAUGUGGGGUCGAAAAAUCGACAAAGGUGAAGGUGGAGUGCCCACAUUGCGAGAGAGAGUUUUGCACGAAAUGCAUCGUAGCAUGGCAUGGGAUGGAUUGUGAGGCAUUUGAAAAAUUAGAGGAUAAUGAGAAGGCUAAUGAGGAUGUUUUGUUUAGGAACCUUGCUAAGGAUAAACGUUGGGUGAGGUGCCCUAGUUGUAAGUUCUACGUUGAAAGAAUUGAUGGAUGUUCAGAAUUGAUAUGCAGAAAAACUGCAGGUGCGGUCACGUAUUUUGCUGAGUGUGGAUUAUCCCUCUAUGAUGAUGAGAAGAACAUAGAUGAAUGCCAGUGUAAUAUCGAUAAAGGUGAAUUUGAGUGGCUUCUAAAUACGUAG